AUGUUUAAAAAGACUCUUUGGAAAAGAUGGUAUAAAAUAUUUAUUACGAGAUCGAGAAAUCUGGGACUAAUUUUCGUUUACAAUGGAAAUCUUUGCAAGUAAGUUGCUUCUGGCUUAUUUGGAAACUCACAUCAAAAUAAUAUAGUCGGUAGCUAGUACCCAUGAACUUAACUGUCUUCUUGUGCUUUCCUUUUGCAUAACAACUCCUAUUGUUAUAUUCCUAGACUUUCACUCAACUAAACAGGGACUGCCAUUGGUUGAUUCUUGGUCACGUGGCCUUGACUAAAAUCAAAUGUAUCCCGAUCGUGAUACAUUAAACAAUGUAUCCCGCUCGGGAUACAUUGCAGCACGUGAUCAAAGCAUGGUGGAAAGUGGUGUGACAGAAGGCGGGAAAACAAAACUAACUGUUUCCCUCGGGAUCUUACAUUAAGUGUAUAAUAAUAUGAUUUUAUUGUAUUUCAUUUUUUCAGAUACAACUUCCAGAAAGCUUUAGAUUCCUUUCUUUAUGGUAAACCACAGGGAACAAGACAAAUACCAUUUAUGGUCAGCUAUUUCAUAAUCUUGAUUUUCAAAUAACCUGUAUUUUUUUGGAAACCAUUGUUUUAAACAUGUUAUAUCAAUAUUUGAAAGUUACACUUCAGUGAUGACGAUGAUGACCAUGAUGAUGAUAAUAAUUGAAACUAAUUUACUUUAGCACCUGAGAAUACCCAGGAUUAAACUGCAUGUUGCAACACAAUUUGCAGAAAUUCACACUGCUUUUAGCUAAUAUCCUGCAAAAAGGUGCCUUCUGUCAUAGGUCAUUGACUUGAUGGAGAGCACACAGAGGACAAGAACCCCAGUAUCAACGUUUACCGUGUCUUAGUUUCGCUUUUUUGCCAAAUAGGCCUUUUGCAGUAGUUGAUCAUGUGAUCAACUUUUGGUAAACACGAAAACAGUUUAGUUUUGAAAAAUUUUUGUUAGGACAAGCUGAAAGAGCAUCUUAAAAUUAGGUAACCUGUAAAUUUUCAGCCGUAUAUCUCAAAAGUAGCGAUUGCUAUGGCCGCCGAAAAUUAGAAGGAUUUGUAUGAGGACAACAACUUUUGCCACCCAGUCACACUUGAAUCGUUUUCCGUACAAAUCCCUGUAAAUUUCAAAAUUUUCAAACUGUCUGAAAUAUUUCCUUAAGCAUUACGGGGCUCAAAUCUCCUUUUAACUCGUAACAGGCACUUUAAGCCCUUAAAUGCGCAAGGAAAAGAUUUAGUUUGAAAAUGCUGUUAAACUCAUCAACAACAGAUGAGGUUGAUUAUAGGUGCCCUAGAGAAUGGCGGUGCCAGGCAUUAUAAAUGUUUUAAAAUUUUUUUUGUUCUCUUUUUGCAGAUCACCAGACAGAUGAAAAAAUCACUUUCCACUUUAGGUUACACUGAGCAGGACGUUAAUCAAAUGUCGCCCAGUGAAGCUCAUGAUGUAGUUGAUCGUGGUGUAAAAAAGACUGCAAAAUUACAUCCAGGUUCCAAGGACUAG